ACAAUCCCCCUCCACGUCUUCACCACUUCACAAUUCCUUCCAAUUCUCCAAACAUCUUUUUCCUACUCCUCCUGUUGCUACGCGUUUUUCUGAACAGGCACAAACAUGAAGCUCGUCCUUGCAACUUUCCUCCUUGUUGGUCUUGUCCUCAGCUCCUCUUUCUUUGAGGCCUCCGUGGCUGCAGGUUCAAGCUUCUGUGACUCCAAGUGCGGGGAGAGGUGCUCAAAGGCAGGAGUGAAGGACAGGUGCUUGAAAUACUGCGGUAUUUGCUGUGACAAGUGCCAGUGCGUGCCAUCUGGGACUUAUGGCAACAAGGACGAGUGCCCUUGCUACAGGGAUCUCAAGAACUCCAAGGGCGAGCCCAAGUGCCCUUGAAAUCUCUCUUUCAUAUUUUCUAGGCUCAUGGUGAUGGAGUAGGAGUACCCCUCAAAGAUAUUAACGACAGUUAAUAUUUCAUUAUUUAUUAAAAGAAAAAAAAAUUACAGCUUUUAUAUAGUUAGCUAGAUUAUAGAAGUUGGAAUAUCAGAGGAAUAAAUGGGGGGUGUCCUUGGUGCGUGUUUGUUAAUUAGUGUGAUAUUAUUAUGUCCUAUUCUUUGGUUAUGCUUAUUGGAUUCUGUCUAUUGUACUACAUUGCCCUGUAGCUAUAUAUCAAUAAAUUGCUUUAUUAAUUGCAUUUUAUCAAACAA